GUCGGUAGCCUCACCGAAGAGUAUGAACUUCUGCCCGGUGACUCCCUGGUGGCUGCUGGAAUGGUGGGCUAUGCUGGCCCCUUCGCUGGCGAGUACCGCCAAAGUUUCGAGAAGCUUUGGCUGUCGACGGAGGACAACGAGGGCAUCACGCACAAGCAGGGUGCCACUUUGGUGAGUGUGCUUGGACAACCGGUCAUCAUCCAGCAGUGGGCUGUGUGUGGCUUGCCCAAUGACAACCUGUCGGUGGAGAACGGGAUCAUCAUCGCCACCGCCAGGCGAUGGCCAUUGAUGAUUGACCCACAAAGACAGGCAAACAAAUACAUCAAGCUCUAUGGCAAAAUGGCAAGCGAACAAGGAAUGGGCACAUGCAAGCUGUCUGAUCCAAACCUCCUGCAGACUGUCGAGCUUGGUAUCCAGUUUGGCAAAUGGAUUCUGUUGGAAAACAUCGGUGAAGCGCUGGAUCCUGCACUGGAACCUGUGCUUCAGCAACAGAAAAUCCGUGACGGGACCUCGUUUGUCAUCAAGCUGGGUGACAAGAACGUUGCUUAUGAUGACAAGUUCCGGUUCUUUAUGACCACGACUCUGUCCAAUCCUCACUACUCCCCGGAGACCUCGGUGAAGGCGACCUUGCUGAACUUUGCCAUUACUCCGGAGGGCUUGCAGGAUCAGAUGUUGGGUAUCGUGGUUGCAAAAGAGCAGCCAGAGAUGGAAGAGAAGAAGCAGGAGCUUGUGAAGAAUGGUGCCGCGAUGAACAAGCAGCUGAAGGAUAUCGAAGACGAGAUUCUUCGACUGCUUUCCGCUGAGGGUGACAUCCUUGAAAGCAAGGAGCUGAUCGACACACUUGAGUACUCCAAGAAGACCUCCGCGGUGAUCAACAAGGCCGGCCGCUGGGAACUCCCCGUGGCCAUCGCCAUGGAGGAGGCGAAGGUGACGGAAGUUGAGAUUGACGAAGUUCGCAGGUCCUACAAAGAUUAUGCCUUCAGAUCUCAGCUCCUCUUCUUUGCCGUGAGCGAGAUGAGCAUUACAGAUCCCAUGUACCAGUUCAGUCUCCAGUGGUUCCAGCAGCUGGCGGGCUUGAGCAUUGACAAUGCUCCUGCGGGAGAGACUCCGCUUCUCUUCUCCUUCUCCUUGACCAUGAAGAUCAUGGAUGGAGAGGGCCGCCUCGAUGCCAACGAGGCCCGGUUCCUGAUGGCUGGCCCGACAGGUGAGGUGAAGGGUGGACCACCCAAUCCUGCCGAGAAAUGGCUCACAUCGAAGAGCUGGAAUGAGGUGCUCACUCUUGCGCAGAUGCCAGCCUUCAAGGGUUUUGAUGCUUUCUUUGCCUCAAAUGUCAAAGGCUUCCAGCGCAUCUAUGAUGCUCCAGAAGCAGACAAGGAGCCGAUUCCUGGAGAGUGGGCUACAAAGAUGUCGCCCUUCCAGAAGUUGUGCUUCCUGAGGACCCUCAGGCCAGACAGGAUUCAGACCUCCGUGCUUGACUUCGUGACGCAUGAAAUGGGUCAAAAGUUUGUCGAACCUCCAGUGUUUGACAUCGCGAUCUCCUAUGAGGAUUCCACCAAGAUGAGUCCCUUGAUCUUCGUGUUGUCCGCCGGCAGCGACCCGGUGGCCGACAUGUUGGCCUUUGCGGAGGCCAGUGGCAUGGGCGCCAAAUUGGAAAGCAUCUCAUUAGGCCAGGGACAAGGACCCAAGGCGGCCAAGAUGAUCGAAAAAGCGCGGGAAAGUGGUGGAUGGGUCUUGCUGUGCAACUGCCAUCUUUCCAUCAGCUGGCUUCCUGAACUUGAACGAAUCUGCGAGCAGAUGAACCCGGAUGACACGGACAACAACUACCGGCUCUGGUUGACCUCCAUGCCCACCAAGCAGUUCCCAGCCCUGCUGCUGCAGAAUGGUGUGAAGAUGACCAAUGAACCGCCCAAGGGCUUGCGUGCCAAUGUCUUGGGAUCCAUGAUGAAAUGCGAUGAUCGCAUGUUGUCGGAUUGUGAGAAGCCAGAAGCCUAUGCUCGACUCGUCUUCGGCUUCUGCUUCUUCCAUGCGGUUUGUCAGGACAGGAGAAAGUUUGGGCCAAUUGGCUGGAACAUCCCGUAUAACUUUACUCCAGAAGAUUUGACGACGAACCGCCGGCAGUUGAAAUACUUCCUGGACAACUUUGAAGAGAUCCCCUACACGGUGCUGCAGUUCUUAGGCUCCCGCAUCAACUAUGGUGGUCGAGUGACGGACAAGAAAGACAAGGUACUCAUUGAUUGUUUGAUCAAGAUCUUCAUCUGCGAAGAAGUGGUGGUCAAAGGUGCUGACUAUCAUUUCUCAGCAAGUGGCAUCUUCCACUGCCCAAAUGCCUCCUCUCAGGACGAAUUCCUGUCGUACCUGCGCGCACUUCCGAUCAUGACUCCUCCAGAGGUCUUUGGUUUGCAUGAGAACUGCGAGAUCACCUGUGCAGAGCUGGCCGCAGAGCUUGAGAAGCAGACACCCAAUCCAUGGGACUUGGACAACUGGGAGGAUCGCUUCCCAACCAAGUACGAGGAGUCACGGAACACAGUCGUGAAGCAGGAAGCGGCAAAAUACAACAAGUUGCUGUCGCUCCUGAAAGUUCAGCUACCCCUCUUCCGAAGAGCUGUGAAAGGCUUUGUUGUGAUGACGGAUGAGCUUGAAGCGAUCGGCAAGGGCCUCUUCAUGAAUACCGUUCCAGAAGGUUCGGCAACUCCUGUCGGAUUUCAUAAAUCACCAGCAAUCACCAGCACUCCUAACAUCACCUGGCCAAUCUUUCGUGCUCGAGUUCUGCGACGGGAUUUCCGGAUCAUUCCCUCACGCGCCAUGACAGCCAUGUUGUCUGCGAUUGCGCAGCAAAUCUGCAGCUUCAACCCUUUCCAGAUCUGCAGCUUCAACCCUUUCCAGCAGGAGGGGACCGCAGCACCAAAAUUGCUGGGUGCGCCAUUGAACGGAGGGGGCCAAGGGGUAAGGCGGCCCCACGUCCCACCGCUGAAGCUCCCAUUGCCAUUGCCUGCCUCGUCAUCGACAGAGACGAUUCCUACUGGUCCGACCACGGACGUGCAAUCGCGCUGCACAUUGAAUUCCGAGUUCGACCAGUGGCAGCAGGCUCGGCAUGCGGCAGAAACUGGUGAAACAAUGCGUGACAAUGACCUCCGCUUUCUCCACGGCGUGCUGCGCAGCUACUUGGCGGACAAGGAGAUCCGCAAGGUCAAAGCGACCUGUGCUUUGAAUUCACAGGAGUCGCAACCAACGUAUUCCAAGUCAAUGGACAUCAUCUCGUUGGACACAGACCUUGUGGCAGAAGAAUGUGGCAUUGAAACCACAUGCCUUUUCCCAAGCUUGGGUUGGCACUGGGACACGAUUUUCUGCUCGGGCCAAGUUGUGGACAAGCAUGAAGUCCAGGUGACCCGAUGCGCGGCUAAAAAGUGCCGCUUCUGAAGGUUGAAGUUCGGUGUGGGACCUAGGAGUCACAGACAAUGACAAAAGAUGACAAUAUCGCAUCGACCACAC